AAACACAAAAUCCCUCCUCCAUCGCAAUUCGCAAGGGCAUAGAAGAAGAAAUCACACACAGAUUCACUCAGAUCUCUUCUUUACAUACUUGCUACGCAUACGAAUCUCCAUUUUUUCAAGUAGGGGAUAUCAAACAUGGCGACGGCAUCAGUGGCAUUCAAAUCCCGAGAGGACCACCGGAAGCAGAUGGAACUAGAAGAAGCACGCAAAGCUGGACUUGCACCUGCUGAGGUUGAUGAAGAUGGAAAAGAAAUCAAUCCCCAUAUUCCUCAGUAUAUGUCAUCUGCUCCUUGGUAUCUUAAUGCAGAAAGACCGAGUUUGAAACAUCAAAGGAAUUGGAAAUCUGAUCCAAAUUAUACAAAAUCAUGGUACGACAGGGGCGCAAAAAUAUACCAGGCUGACAAGUACAGGAAAGGUGCAUGUGAAAAUUGUGGAGCCAUGACACACACAACCAAGACAUGCAUGGAGAGGCCUAGAAAGUUGGGGGCAAAGUGGACGAGCAAAAAUAUAGCAGCCGAUGAGAAAAUAGAGACUUUUGAGCUUGAUUAUGAUGGAAAAAGGGACCGGUGGAAUGGAUAUGAUGCUGCGUCAUAUGCUCAUGUUAUUGAAAGAUAUGAAGCUAGGGAUGAAGCUCGGAAGAAAUUCUUGAAGGACCAGCAGCUAAAAAAGCUAGAGGAGAAGAAUAAUAGUGAAAAUGUUGAAGUUAGUGAUGAUGAGGACAAUGAAGAUGCUUUAAAGGUGGAUGAAGCCAAGGUUGAUGAAAGUAAACAGAUGGACUUUGCUAAGGUUGAGAAACGUGUGCGUACUACUGGUGGUGGGAGCACAGGGACUGUUAGGAAUCUGCGUAUUCGAGAAGAUACAGCAAAGUAUUUGCUUAAUCUUGAUGUCAAUUCUGCCCAUUAUGAUCCUAAAACACGGUCCAUGCGUGAGGAUCCUCUUCCAGAUAUGGAUCCAAAUGAAAAGUUCUAUGCUGGUGAUAAUCAGAACAGAGUAAGUGGUCAAGCUUURGAGUUCAAGCAACUGAAUAUACAUGCUUGGGAAGCAUUUGAGAAGGGAAAUGAUGUGCAUAUGCAAGCAGCUCCAUCUCAAGCUGAAUUAUUGUACAAGAAUUUUAAGGUUAACAAAGAGAAACUGAAGUCCAAAGUGAAGGARACGAUUGUGGAGAAGUAUGGCAAUGCAGCUACUGCAGAAGUGCUUCCGCGAGAGCUGUUACUUGGACAAAGUGAGAAGGAAGUCGAGUAUGACCGUGCUGGUAGGAUCAUUAAGGGCCAGGAAAUUGCCAUUCCCAAGAGCAAAUAUGAAGAAGAUGUUUACAUCAAUAACCAUACGAGUGUUUGGGGUUCAUGGUGGAAGGAUCAUCAGUGGGGCUAUAAGUGUUGCAAGCAGUUUGUUAGGAACAGUUACUGUACCGGUGCUGCCGGAAUAGAAGCUGCCGAAGCUGCAGCGGAUCUUAUGAAGGCCAACAUUGCUCGUAAAGAGGCCUCUGAAGAUGUGAAUGCCCCUACCGAGGAGAAGCAGCUUGCUACCUGGGGAACCGACAUACCUGAUGAUUUGGUUUUGGACCAAGGGAAACUUGCUGAAUCUCUUAAGAAGGAGGACCAGAGGAGGAGAGAAGAAAAAGACGAAAGGAAACGUAAAUACAAUGUCAAGUGGAAUGAUGAGGUGACGGCUGAAGACAUGGAAGCAUACAGGAUGAAAAAGGUCCAUCAUGAUGAUCCAAUGAAGGACUUUCUGUGAAGUAAGUUGCAAGCAGAAUAUAGGAUGCAUCUUUGUGAAUCAAGUUUCUCAAACUUAUAAGUCAUCAUAUUACUAUCUUGUUUUUGUUGUAAUCCUUUGUUAGAACUUGAAAGUUGAUUAUGUGAUCAUGCAUUUGUUGAAUUAUCUCAUGAUGGUAAAGCUUUUGUUAUUGGUCAUGUAUAUAGACUUCUAAUAUUUUUGAUGUG